CUGCGCCUCCUGCCAAGAUGCCUCCGGUGGCGGGUUUUUUCCUCUCGCUCUGCUUUGGGGUGGCAUUCGCCUUGGAUGCCUCCCUGAUGCCUCCCAAUUACAACAAGACCGAGGAAGGGGCCCGCCAGUUCGCCGACGACUAUAACAGCACCGGGGAAAUUGUGUUCUUCGAAAGCAUCUCCGCCAGCUGGAAUUACAACACCGACCUGACAGACUACAACGCUCAGCAGCAGAUAACAGCUUCUUUGAAGGAGCAAAACUUCACAGAACUUUGGGGGGAAAAGGCUAAGGAGAGGUAUGGCCACAUCUGGCAGAACUUCAGUGAUCCUCAACUGAAGAAAAUAAUCAGCUCCAUUCAGACUUUGGGUCCUUCCAAUCUACCAAUGGACAAGCGGCACGAGUAUAAUACUGUUCUGAGCGAGAUGGACAACAUCUACUCCACUGCCAAGGUUUGUCCACCAAACCAGAACUCCAGGUGCUGGGCUCUAGAGCCAGAGCUUACAGAAAUUAUGGCCACUUCUCGUAGUUACAGGAAGUUGCUCUAUGCCUGGGAAGGGUGGCACAAUUCUGCUGGCAAUCCUCUGAGAUCCAAGUAUGAGAACUUCGUGUCGCUGAGCAACGAAGCCUAUAAAAUGGAUGGGUUCCAAGAUACCGGGGCUUAUUGGCGCUCCUGGUAUGAUUCACCGACAUUUGAGGAAGAUCUAGAGCAACUCUAUCAACAGUUGGAGCCUCUCUAUCUAAAUCUGCACGCAUUUGUCAGGAGGAAGCUAUAUGAGCAAUACGGCUCUAAAUACAUAAACCUGAAAGGCCCUAUUCCAGCUCACUUAUUGGGUAACAUGUGGGCCCAGCAAUGGAACAACAUUUAUGACAUGAUGGUGCCUUUUGCAAAUAAGCCAAAUCUAGAUGUUACCAACACCAUGAAGCAGAAAAACUGGAACGCAACACACAUGUUCCGGGUGGCGGAGGAGUUCUUCACCUCGCUUGGCAUGUUUGGAAUGCCACAUGAAUUCUGGGAGAAAUCCAUGCUGGAGAAACCGACAGAUGGGCGGGAGGUGGUGUGCCAUGCGUCGGCAUGGGACUUCUUCAAUCGCAAAGACUUCAGGAUAAAGCAGUGUACAACAGUUACCAUGGAGCAGCUCUUUACAGUACACCAUGAAAUGGGGCAUGUUGAAUACUACUUGCAGUAUAAGGACCAGCCCAUCAGCUUCCGCAGUGGGGCCAACCCUGGCUUUCAUGAAGCAAUUGGAGAUGUCAUGGCCUUAUCCGUUUCCACCCCAAUCCACCUCAAGAAGAUUGGGCUGCUCACCCAUGCCACUGAAGAUAAAGAGAGUGAUAUCAAUUAUCUUCUGAAAAUGGCCCUGGAAAAGAUUGCCUUCCUACCCUUUGGCUACCUAAUAGACCAGUGGCGGUGGAAUGUCUUCAGUGGUAGCACCCCUCCAAGCCGCUACAAUUAUGAUUGGUGGUACCUAAGAACAAAAUACCAGGGAAUUUGUCCUCCUAUUGCAAGAAAUGAAACAAACUUUGAUCCUGGUGCUAAAUACCACAUCCCUGGCAACACCCCUUACAUCAGGUACUUUGCCAGUUUUAUUCUACAGUUCCAGUUCCACAAGGCCCUUUGCCAAGCUGCCAACCAUACUGGCAAACUUCAUACUUGUGACAUCUAUCAGUCCAAAGAAGCUGGACAGAAACUCAGUGAGGCACUGAGGGCUGGAUCUUCCCAGCCUUGGCAAGAUAUUCUUCAACAACUCACUGGUACAGAUAAGAUGAAUGCUUCAGCAUUGCUCGAAUACUUUGAACCUGUUACCCAAUGGCUGAAAGAACAGAAUAGGAAGACCAAUGAAACACUGGGCUGGCCAGAAUUUGAUUGGCGUCCUCCUGUCCCUGAGGGCUAUCCAGAAGGCCUUGAUAAAAUAACUGAUGAAGCUGUGGCUAAAACAUUCUUAGAAGAGUACAACAGCACAGCCGAAGUAGUGUGGAAUGCUUACACAGAGGCCUCUUGGACGUACAACGUCAACAUUACGGAACACAAUAAACAGAUUAUGCUAGAGAAGAAUCUUGCAAUGUCAAACCAUACUCUGCAAAAUGGUUUAAAGGCUCGGCAGUUUGAUUCCACUGAUUUCAAAGAUCCCAGCAUAAAACGUAUUUUGAAGAAAUUAAGUGAUAUUGAGCGGGCAGCCUUACGUGAUGCAGAGCUGAAGGAGUAUAAUCAACUGCUCUCAGAAAUGGAGACAAUUUACAGCGUAGCCAAAAUCUGCGAAAAAGACACAGACUGCAAAGCACUAGAUCCUGACCUUACAGAUAUCAUGGCUAACUCAAGAGACUAUGAUGAGCUUCUUAACACCUGGAAAGGCUGGCGGGAUGCAUCAGGGAAGAAAAUCCGAAGCCACUACAAGAGAUAUGUAGAGCUGAGCAAUAAGGCUGCCAGAUUAAAUGGACAUGCAGACAACGGUGCUUUCUGGAGAUCUCUUUAUGAAACUCCAACUUUUGAAACUGACCUGGAGAACAUCUGGCAUCAACUUCAACCAUUAUAUUUCAAUCUCCAUGCUUAUGUUCGUCGGGCUCUUUACAAAAAGUAUGGAGAAAAGCACAUCAAUCUCAAGGGCCCAAUUCCAGCUCAUUUGCUAGGUAACAUGUGGGCACAAUCAUGGGCAAACAUCUUUGACCUUGCCAUGCCCUUCCCUGAAGCUACUAAAGUGGAUGCUACACCAGCAAUGAAACGUCAGGGCUGGACGCCAAAGAAGAUGUUUGAACAGUCUGAUAGUUUCUUCCAGUCACUGGGACUCAUCCCCAUGCCACCUGAGUUCUGGAAAAAGUCUAUGUUGGAAAAGCCAUCAGAUGGGAGGGAAGUGGUCUGUCAUGCUUCGGCCUGGGACUUCUACAACCGCAAGGACUUUAGGAUAAAACAAUGCACUGUUGUGAAUAUGGAUGAUUUAAUAACAGUUCACCAUGAAAUGGGGCAUGUCCAAUACUUUUUGCAGUACAAAGGCCAGCCCAUUUCAUUUCGUGAUGGGGCCAAUCCAGGGUUCCAUGAAGCCAUUGGUGACGUUAUGGCCUUAUCAGUGUCAACCCCAAAGCACUUGCAUAGCAUCAAACUGCUUGAUCAUAUGGAAGACAACCUGGAGAGUGACAUCAACUACCUGAUGAGCAUUGCACUGGACAAGAUUGCUUUCCUGCCUUUUGGCUACCUGAUGGACCAAUGGCGAUGGAAAGUAUUUGAUGGGCGUAUUCCAAAUGAUGAAUACAACCAACAGUGGUGGAAUCUCAGAUUGAAAUACCAGGGUUUGUGUCCUCCUUUGCCAAGAUCGGAAGAAGAUUUUGACCCAGGGGCAAAAUUCCACAUCCCUGCUAACGUCCCGUAUGUCAGGUACUUUGUCAGUUUUGUAAUCCAGUUCCAGUUUCACCAAGCUCUGUGCAAAGCUGCUGCCCAUGGUGGGCCUUUAUACAAAUGUGACAUUUACCAGUCUAAAAGGGCCGGGAAAAUCCUAGGGGAUGCCUUGAAGCUGGGCUUCAGCAAGCCAUGGCCUGAAGUCAUGCAACUUAUCACAGGACAAUCCAACAUGUCCGCUGAAGCUUUGCUGACCUAUUUUGAACCACUGACAAACUGGCUUAUUAAAAAGAACUUGCAAAAUAAUGAAACUCUGGGCUGGCCUGAAUAUACCUGGAGGCCAUAUGCAGGUGAAUCAAAUGUCAAUUUCCUUGGGAUGUCACUGAGCAGCAGUCAAGCAGAAGCGGGACAGUGGAUCUUGCUAGCAAUUGGGCUUAUCCUUCUUAUUACCACAGUAGCCUUGGGUGUUAUAUACAAAACAAGGAGGAAAGGCCUCAAAUCUAGCUCAGAAAUGGAAUUGAAAUGAAUUGUCUUGAAAUGAAUAACCUGUCUUCUGCUGUGCCUCCAUGUGAGCGUGAAAAAGAGCUGAGAGAAACGCUGUAUGUAUAUAUGUGUGACUGUGUGAGAGAGGUCAGAUAUAUCUGCGUUUAGAAUAGACGCUAAUAUUGGUUUUGUGUAUGUGUAUGAUUAUGUAAGAUACGUUUGCGUGUCCCUAGAGAGAACGUGAGUAUGUGAGUCACAUGCAUGUUUGAAAAUAGAAGUUCUAUGGCUAAUAUGCAGAUAUGUGGUGGUGAGUGUGUGUGUGUGUGUGUGUCCUAAUUUGCAAGGAAUAAUGGGAAUGUGGAUAGCUAUGCAUUUGUGUUCGAUUAUCCGACUUGAGGAUACUCCCAUGAGGGGCAGCCUUGUACAAGCAGGGCAGUUGUGCCAACAAAAGCACUGGACUCUUCCAAUUAAUUCAACAAACCUUUUGAUUAUGCAAGAGCCAAAGCAAAAAACAUUUAUUUAUUAUAAAUAUCUGGAUUUUUUAACAAAGGGGAAAAAAAGAAAAAAACAAAGCAGUGUGAUCCAGUUGUGGUAGUGGGAAUAGCUGGACUAUUUAAAUCACUGUUGACCCAAUGCCUUUCUUCAUAUGUUCAUUUGAGGGCUGAUGAAUUCCAUCAGGUUUGCUGUAACUCAGGCAGAGAAUAUAUUAGGCAGCAAGGGCUGUGCUCGCUUUCUCCAGAAGUUGAACAGGUGUUGCAUGUGAUCAUGGCAGGAAGUUUUUAAAAGACUGUUUUGGUGCAUGAAUGACAAUUAAAAUGUAUCACAGUCUCUACAUA